GUAGCAAAAAAAAACAACCAAAAAACGUGGAUCUGACUCUUGUUUUGUGAUUUCGGUAGCAAGUGAUAGCUAGCUAGAGAGACAUAGCAGGACGUGCCGGUGUUAAGAGAGAAGUUCUACUAUGUAUUGGAUGGUUCCAGGGAAAGGCGGUGGAAUUUAGAACAUCAGAUAACCGUUGCAGAAUAAGCAACAUGCCUGACUGCACUUGAGUCAAAUCACUGUGAAGUGGCUUCAUAUGGUAUUGUAACGUGUUAUGGCUGAAUGAAGGAUGGGAGAAUAAAAAUGGAAAUGAGAAAAGCAUCCCUAUUCUCCAACCACUGGUAUGUACAUUUCUUUCUUUGAAGAAGAAUUUGGAGUCAGGGGACACAUUGGACAAAUUUAACAUAAACAUGGCAUCAUGAGGAACAAACUGGCACAUUUCAAUCUACGUGGUCCUGUCUUGGAACUUAUUUUAUAACACAAACAUAUGUGUUUCUUAUGCUACAGUUACAUGUGUUGUGGACAUACAAGUUUUGACCGGGAUCCAGGCUGGAAUUUUUUGCGAAGAGAGGUUGACAUAAAAUUCCCCCCAUGGUUUCUGCCCUAUUGAAGAGCCUGGUCUUCUCUUAUAUAAAUAAGAUUUUCAAAGGAAUGUUUACAAAGAAAUUGGGAAAUCCUACAAAAAAAAAAGAAAGUCCAAGCAAAAGGGAACAGGAUAUUGUCCAAUUUGACCAAUCAAAGAACCCAACUAUUUCAACAACAAUUAAAAGCACAGUCAAAAAGAUUGCCAAGUGUUCAUCUUCUUUUAACUUGUCAACUGAAGAAGAUAACAUUAAGAAGGAAUUUUCUCUUUCUCCAACAUUUAGUUAUAGAGUUGCAAUAGCAAAUGGGCUACAAAAAAAUAUUGUUUUAGCGGGUAAUAAUAAUGAGGAUGCCCUUCAAGAAGUAUCAUCCCUCGAUAGUUCAUAUUCGGAAUCCUUAAGUGAAACAAGGGCUGGAAGUAUCUCAAAAGAAUACAUAUCACAAACCAUGCCAGUGAGGCGUAAUCGGAAGAGUUUGAGCAGCCUUGCUCCAUCUGAUGGUAGUUCAGAAGGAGAACGUACAUUACAUAGUCUAAAAAUGGGUGCUUUACGGAAACUUCGAAAAUGGAAGAAGAGUCAAGAGUGUGUCUCUUCAGAUUCGGAAGUAAGCACAUGGAAAAGAACAUGGGGGUUACGGAGCAAAUCUUUAGACAGAACUGUCAGACAACAGAAAACCAACACACUGGAACCUGGUUUCAGCUCAACUGGCUGCAUUAGUCAAACACAUGAUGUCAUGGAAAUGAUAUUUAAAGAGCUACAAGGAAUAAGCCAGAUUGAAACUGAACUGUCAGAACUAAGAGGACAUGUAAAUUCCCUCAAACAAUCAAUUGAUGAAAUUUCAAGCAGUGUUGAGGUCGUUCAGAGUGAAAUUGAACAGUUGCGAUCAGGUUUUGUACAGUCAAGAAGAGAAACUAGGGACAUACAUGAUUAUAUCAAACAAAUAGGUAGUCAUGGCCAUAAGGCGAGUCUUAGGUUUUUAAAUGUGCCUGAAGAAAAGCUAGAAAAUUGUGAAGCUGUUGUUUAUAGAAUUUUAAUAGAAAAAAUGGGAUUUGUUGAUGCACAAAAUAGCAUGAAAAUUGAACUUGCCCAUAGAAUAGGUCAACAAAGAGACUGUCCCAGUGCAAAACCUAGACCAAUUCUUGUAUAUUUUGGAUCACCACAAGUUAGGGAUUUAAUUUUAAAAAAAUGUUAUAAACUAAAAGGGACUGGAAUUGGGAUUUCAACAGAUAUACUUACUCAUGAUUUGAAGGUUAGGAAAGAAAGGGUCUUAUCAACUUCACAGACCUAUGAAAGUAUGGAUAUGAAGUUUUCAUCCAAUCAGCCAAAGAUUAAUCAUGAUGAAUGGGAAUCGCAUGAAGACAGUGAUAAAGAGUUAGAACCUGACAUAAACAGGAACAGUUAUGCAAUGAUCUCCAAAUCGGAGGCUCAAAUAAAAAAAAGCUGCACCAAAAGAAGUGGGCAAACAUCACACAGUAAGAAACCUCAUAGGACUUCUGAUGAUGCCACAUAUAAAAACAAAGAUGACUAUGGCGAUCUUAAUUUUCAGUCACCAGUUUCUGAUUCUUUAGAAAAGCAAAACAAAAUCUAUUAUACUGAUGUGACUCCCCUAUGGCAUUCACAAAAUGAUUUUUCUACACCAAAACUGAGUCGCUCAGAAUCUGAUUUUUCAAAACUAUGUCAAUCCUACUCAGAGGAUUUUUCAGAGAAUCAAUAUUUUGUUAGAACUAAUGGUAGCUCCUUAAUGUCUUCUUCUGAUCGUGAGCUCUGGCAAAGAAGACAAGAGGAUGGGUCAUCUAAUUGGUAUCCAAGUUCACAAGAACAAGCAUUCAGUAAUGAUGCAGAGCCUUACCCAGAAGACAACGAAAUAGAGAAUACUGAAACUGUUGAUAGUGGUGUGAGUAAUGGGAUACUCUGUGCUUCAGGAGACCGCAGUCAUUACAGUGAUUCCCAGCUUUCUUUACAUGGUGAUAUUUCACCAUGGAAAGAUUGGCAUCAGUUAGAACAAGGUACGGACUCUGGCCUUGAUACUUCUAGUCAACAUGUGUUUGCUUAUAAUGUCAAUUGCCCGUCAGAACAACAAUUGGACGUUUAUCCAAACAACUAUCAAAAGUGCCAAAGUACAGAUCUUUCAUACAAUACAGACAAUUAUGAUUAUGCCCUAGAGGGCAAUUCACCAUCUUGUCCUGAAAUUGGCAGUGAAGAACAAAAUCAGUGGCCUAGUGAAUAUGAUUCAUACAUGGAAACAAAUGAUAAUGAAAUGUAUCAAAACCAAACUAGAAUGCCCAUGAUGUAUCGGAGCCAGAGUGAACUUCAAAGUGAUGAUUCAGAGGAUGCACCACCAAAAUCCUGGCAUAGUCGAUUAAGCAUUGAUCUUUCAGAUAAGACGUUUAGUUUUCCUAAAUUUGGAUCUACUCUUCAACGGGCCAAAUCAGCAUUAGAAGUUGUAUGGAACAAAAGUACCCAGAGUUUAAGUGGUAAUGAUGAAAGUGGUUCCUCUUUCAUUGGUCGAUUCCGGACUUUGUCACAAUCUACUGCUAAUGAAUCUAGCACAACUCUAGAUUCGGAUGUGUACACAGAGCCCUUUUAUUAUAAAGCUGAUGACAAUGGAGAUUAUAGUGAAUCUGCUGCUGAUAAUGAUCAAGGCGCUGAUUACGUUGAAGUCAUGGAGCAAGUCCUUGCAAAACUCGAAAACCGAACAAACACAAAUGAAAAUUUUGAACAGAUUGAAGAAUAUCAAGAUUAUGAAAUAGAAUCAUAUGACACAGAAUUACUCCAAAUGGAUGAAUAUGAAAUUCAGUAUGGGGCAAUAAUGCCGGCAGAGGAGGUUUUAGAGCCUGAAUGUGAAAUUGUUUAUGAUACAGGAGAACACGAUGAUGAAAAUAAAAAUAUUCCAGAAAAGCCUGUUGAAGUUAAAAAGAAAAAAAGAAUUCGACCCAGCUUUAAGGAGGCCGCAAUGAAAGCUUACAAAAAGGAAAUGGCUGAUCUCGAAGAAAAGAUUCUUGCAGGAGAUAGCAAAGCUAUGGAUGAAAAGGCACGAAUAGUUGGUGGAAGUUCUUUGGAUGCAUCCAAACUUUAUGAAAUCCAGACAUCGGGAGGGACUGGUCUUUAUGGUAUCGACAGCAUGCCAGACCUACGGAGGAAGAAAACUUUACCUAUUGUACGCGAUGUGGCCAUGACAUUGACUGCACGAAAAGCAGGAAUAUCUCUUGCCAUGAUUAUCCGAACAUCUGUGAACAAUGAGGAACUGAAAACUCAUGUCUUCAAAAAGACUUUGCAGGCUCUGAUUUACCCAAUUUCAUCCACCACUCCUCACAACUUUGAAGUGUGGACUGCAACUACUCCCACAUACUGCUAUGAAUGUGAGGGGCUGCUCUGGGGGAUUGCAAGGCAAGGCAUGAGGUGUACAGAGUGUGGAGUCAAGUGCCACGAGAAAUGCCAGGACCUGUUAAACGCUGACUGCUUGCAAAGAGCAGCCGAAAAAAGCUCCAAGCACGGAGCAGAGGACAAAACACAAAACAUAAUUAUGGCGAUGAAAGAAAGAAUGAAAAUCAGGGAAAGGAACAGACCUGAAGUUUUCGAACUUAUUCAAGAAAUGUUUCAGAUAUCCAAAGAAGACUUUGUACAACAUACAAAAUCUGCUAAACAAAGUGUUCUAGAUGGAACCUCCAAAUGGUCAGCUAAGAUAAACAUCACAGUUGUUUCGGCUCAGGGUUUACAAGCAAAAGACAAAACCGGCUCAAGCGAUCCAUAUGUUACUGUCCAAGUUGGGAAAACUAAACGAAGAACUAAAACAAUAUUUGGCAACCUGAACCCAGUAUGGGAUGAAAAGUUCCAUUUCGAGUGUCACAACUCUACAGACAGAAUAAAAGUGAGAGUUUGGGAUGAGGAUGAUGAUAUUAAAUCCAGAGUAAAACAACACUUCAAGAAAGAGUCUGAUGACUUCCUUGGACAAACAUUUGUGGAUGUGCGGACCCUUAGUGGAGAAAUGGACGUCUGGUACAAUUUAGAGAAACGGACAGAUAAAUCUGCUGUCUCAGGUGCAAUAAGGAUGAAAAUAAAUGUUGAAAUUAAAGGAGAAGAGAACGUGCCUCCGUACCACAUACAGUAUACAUGUUUGCAUGAGAACUUGUUCCACUACCUGACAGAAGAUCAGAAUAAUGGUAUUGUUAAAAUCCCCGAAGUAAAAGGAGAUGAAGCCUGGAAGGUUUACUUUGACGAUGCUUCCCAGGAAAUCGUAGAUGAGUUUGCUAUGCGCUACGGAAUUGAGUCUAUUUAUCAAGCAAUGACGCACUUUUCCUGCUUGUCUUCCAAAUAUAUGUGCCCUGGUGUUCCAGCUGUUAUGAGUACCUUACUGGCAAAUAUAAAUGCUUUCUAUGCUCACACAACCGUAUCGACGAAUGUAUCUGCUUCUGACCGUUUUGCUGCUACAAAUUUUGGUAGAGAAAAGUUUAUAAAGCUGCUGGACCAAUUACACAAUUCUCUGAGGAUCGACCUUUCUAAAUACAGAGAUAACUUUCCAGCUUCAAACCCUGAAAGGCUCCAGGACUUGAAGUCAACUGUUGACCUACUAACAAGCAUCACCUUCUUCCGUAUGAAGGUUUUGGAACUCCAGAGUCCCCCGAGAGCAAGUAUGGUUGUGAAGGACUGUGUCCGAGCUUGUUUAGACUCAACGUACAAAUAUAUAUUUGUCAACUGUCACGAUCUUUACACACAGUUAUUAGAUCAGGGGAAAAAACAAGACAUUCCAAGAGAAGAACAAGGUCCAACUAUCAAAAAUUUGGACUUCUGGCCAAACCUCAUAACGCUAAUGGUCACUAUUAUUGACGAAGAUAAGACCUCAUACACUCCAGUUUUAAACCAAUUUCCUCAGGAGCUAAACAUGGGAAAACUCAGCGCUGAAGUCAUGUGGGGUCUGUUUGCCCAGGACAUGAAGUAUGCACUGGAAGAACAUGAAAAGCAUCGCCUAUGCAAGAGCACGGAAUAUAUGAAUUUACACUUCAAAGUAAAAUGGUUUUAUAAUGAAUAUGUUCGAGAACUUACUUCAUUCAAAGACACUGUUCCUGAAUAUUCUCUGUGGUUUGAGCCCUUCGUUAUCCAGUGGCUAGAUGAAAAUGAAGAUGUAUCAAUGGAAUUUCUUCAUGGUGCUCUGGGCAGAGAUAAAAAGGAUGGAUUUCAGGCAACAUCAGAACAUGCCUUGUUUUCAUGCUCAGUCGUUGAUGUCUUCACACAAUUAAAUCAAAGCUUUGAGAUUAUCAAGAAAUUGGAGUGCCCUAAUCCAGAAGCACUUUCGCAUCUAAUGAGAAGAUUUGCAAAGACCAUCAACAAAGUGCUUCUUCAAUAUGCUACAAUAAUAUCAAAUGAUUUUAGCUCAUACUGUGACAAAGAAAAUGUGCCAUAUAUCCUAAUGAAUAACAUUCAACAACUGAGAGUUCAGCUUGAAAAAAUGUUUGAGAACAUGGGAGGGAAAGACUUGGACCUUGAUGCAAGCGCGAUGCUGAAAGAUCUUCAGGUGAAGCUCAGUACCGUGCUGGAUGAAUUAAGUUGUACAUUUGGUGAGAGUUUCCAGAUUGUUAUUGAGGAUUGUGUGAGACAAAUGAGCAUGGAAUUAAAUCAGAUGAAAGGAAACGGGGCCACUUCUGCAAACCGGAACAGUGCAGCUGUCGAUGCGGAAAUUGUGCUUCGUCCCCUAAUGGAUUUUCUGGAUAAAACAUUAUCUGUCUCAGCCAAAAUCUGUGAGAAGACUGUUUUGAAACGUGUUUUGAAAGAGCUAUGGAAGUUGGUGCUUAACAAACUAGAAAAACAAAUUGUACUGCCACCUUUAACGGAUCAGAGUGGAGCUCAAAUGAUUUUCAGUGCAGCUAAAGAUCUUGGACAGUUGUCUAAAUUGAAGGAUCAUGUGAUCAGAGAGGAAGCCCGAAGCCUUACGCCGCGGCAGUGUUCCAUCAUGGAAGUUGUACUUGCCACAAUUAAGCAAUACUUUCAUGCCGGAGGAAGUGGGCUGAAAAAGAAUUUCUUGGAGAAAAGCCAAGAGCUACAGUCUCUGAAAUAUGCUCUCAACCUCUAUACACAAACAACCGAUGCUUUGAUAAAGAAAUUUAUAGACACACAGUCAUCUCAAGGUCUAUCGGUAGAAAACUCUGUUGGAGAGAUCUCAGUUCAAGUGGAUAUAUUUACUCACCCUGGGAAUGGAGAGCACAAAAUUACAGUAAAAAUUGUGGCUCUCAACGGCUUAAUCUGGCAAACCACCACUAUGUUUCGGCCAUUUGUUGAAGUCUAUGCAUUGGGUCCCAACCUCAGCAACAAGAAGAGAAAAUUUGGAACCAAAACUAAAAGCAAUACCUGGUCUCCAAAAUACAAUGAGACUUUUCAGUUCGUUCUGAGUAAUGAAGAUGGCCCAGGGGCGUAUGAGAUUCACCUCUGUGUGAAGGAUUACUGCUUCGCCAGAGAAGAUCGCAUAAUAGGGAUGACUGUGAUCCAACUGAAAAACAUUGUGGAUAAAGGAAAUUGUGCCUCCUGGUAUCCACUGAUUAAAAACGUCAGCAUGGAUGAAACUGGCUUGACAAUCUUGCGAAUACUUUCUCAGAGAUCCAACGACGAAGUCGCCAAGGAGUUUGUAAAACUGAAGUCAGAUGUCCGCUCUCUAGAAGAGAUCUAGAAAGAUACCACAGCAUGGUGAACCACCUCUACAAAGUCUAUAUCAAAACAUAAACAUUAAUACAGUGUUGUCUUUUGAAUAGUGUAUGCAUGUGCAAAUACGUGGGAAUGUUUAUUUCAAUAUGUUUCAGUGUUUGCUAGUACAGACGUACUAUACUUGCAAGGUAUGUUGAAGAAGAUGUGUACUUUUUUUAUACGACUGACCUUGGGCAAGGACUUGUUCCCAUGAAGUGCCAAAAAAACAACAACUUUGAGCUGAAAACAAUAUCAUGGUAUUUUUUGGUAACGUUGAUUUCCUACCAAAUUUCCACCUGGUUAAGUACUAAAUUGGUUGACGACUUGUAUUUGUUAAAUAAAUGUGCGUCGCUGUGUAGUCUUUUUCUUGAAUUACCUCUCUCUGUACCAAAAUCAUGUGCUCCAUAAAGGAUCUCUUGUAUAUGUUUUUAUUUUAAAUUGCAUUAUCUAAUUAAUGUUCCUUAACGAUAUGUUUGUAAUUUUAGAAUGCCCUUACAAAUAUAAAAAUGUUUUUAUUUCUUAUAACCUAAAAAUCAAAGAAAGGAUGGGGCUAUUUUAUGCAUAUUUUAGAAAACCUUUCUGGUAUAUCACUGUGAAGAUGCUAUAAAGGAAACAUUCUAGAAUGCGCUAUCAGAAUUUUACUUUUCUUUUAACUACAUUAAAUCCUUUCUGUGCUGAUCAGCUCUUAUGAAAUCCCUUAAAAAUUGCUGAGUGAGCACAAAAUAACUACACCCAUUAUGAAAUGCAAGAAAUUAUUUAGAUUUAUAUGGAAGACCAGGGAUAAUAUAUAUAUCUAUAUAUACGUUCCUUGAUUUCUGCCCUCAUUUGCUUCAGCUCUGCAACUGUCAUUUAAACUAAUGGGGUAUUUUCCAUAUAUUUACAGUAUUUUUGUACCUUGGAAAAAUAACAAUAGAUUUCCAUGACGAACUCAAAUUUUGCCAUAGUGCAAAGUGAUUAUAGUAUCUUGCUAAAGGUGUGUGCAUUGAGACAUUGAGAAAAAUAAUUGCCAUCUCUCUCUGUUACCCAAAAGGGUUCAAAUAUAUUGAAAUAAUAGUUGAUACUGGAUGGUAUGAGAUAGAUUGCUGCGUGUUUAAGGAAAUCAUGCAAAUGAAAGAAUGAUGUUUGCAUUAUCACAGACGGAAUAAAUGUUGCGUCGUAUACUUAGCUGUAAUAUCAGUUAAGUGUUGUCUCUUUUUUUCAGAAAAAUCUAACAGUUUGUACUUAUGCAACAUAAAAUGUAUUGCACUGAGGCAAAGUCAUGUCUUGUAAAUAUAUUUGGUGAAAUAUUGUAAAAUAAAGUAUGAAGAAACUGA